CAAUAAGAUAAUUUCAUUUCAAGUGUAAACGGAAGUGAACAGUGACCAACAAUUUCCUCGUUAGCGGUUUUAUUUCGACGUUUAUUAACACGCUGAACUCAAAAUGUGACAAAUGUAACUGCACAGCAUCAAACUUACCACAGGUAGUGUGUAAUUCGCGUUGGAGACAGGACUUUGUUCAUAUGUUAUCUUCGUAACACUAGCUUGCUAGUUGCUGACGUUAACAAUGGCAAACUGUGACGGUGUGGUUUUUCACACUCAAAUAGCCUCCAUCAUGGAGGUGCUAGCGAAUGCAGCCGUUGCAGAGAUCUGUAAACUCGUAGACGACGAAUAUGCAGUGUUUCGUUUGGAGAUAUCUCAAAGCCAGAAAGAAAACAGGGCAUUGCAGAGGAAACUACAGCUACUGGAACUGAAGGUGGCAAGGGAGCGCGUCCUCGCCAGUCCCAGUAGUGUCAAGAUCCUCGACCGAUACAGAGGAAUGGCAAGAGGGGAAGGACAUCUCACUGGAGGCCACAGGAGCUUUGUGAAGCGAGUGGGACACAACACAUGGAUAGAUGACCAACCAAUCACUGUUGAUGAGGGGAGUGGAACCUCAACCCAGCAUGUUAUCUUGAUAGAGUCUGCAGAUGCAGAGGCUGCAGGUCCUGGAGGAUCGUCUCUGGUCAAGCAGGAGAAGACUGAAAGAGAGGACCCACCACACAGCAGAGAGACCCAGACUAGAGCGGCCACGGAGGACCCAGCACUGCCCAGGAUCCGAUGCAGCAUCGGGUCAGUGGAACACCGAACACCGUCAGAGAUCAACACUGAGACUUUAACUGAAACACACAGGCUCUUACACACAGGAUAUGACCACAGAUCAGACCCAGAGAGACUGGGCUGUCCUCCUGCUCCCGGCUCAGAGUACUUACCGGUAUUUCACCAGAGCCAGAGGACAGUUUAUUCCCAUGGAGAUGUUGGUGACGCUCUAGACACUGGCGGUGAUGAUCUGUCUUGUUCUUACACUACAGAGAUGGACGCUAGCAACAUAUCCUUGGGCUUAGAGACACAGACCGAUCUGUCUAGAGGGGACUGGAACCGGUACAGUAGUAGUGUAUACUCUGAAGGGUGCCAGGACAAGAAAGUGGAGGUUAUGGUGGUAGAUGAGGUGACUGUGAAAGUGGAGGGCGACGUUCCUCCCACAUGGAAUGCAGAUGGACAGUCCCAGGGUAGAGAUUUCUUAGACUACAGGGAACGCUUAGAGACCAAUCCAAAUGUUGCAAUCCAAUCCCCUUUACAUUCGCUCAGGGAUCGCGACCCAGUGUCCACGUCGAUGGAGCCUUCCGAUUCACAAGGCCGCGUCCUUUUCGAUCAGGUAUUGAACUCAAACGACAGAGCUAGAGCCCAGGCUCAGGGAGGGGGAGCCACAUCAGGUAAUGGUAAAGAGAAACGGUUCCUCUGCAUGUUCUGUAAUAAAGGAUUCAGCUGCCUCCAGAAGGUGGAGAUGCACCAGAGGGUCCACACAGGGGUAAAACCCUACAGCUGUACCCAAUGUCAUAUGCGCUUCGCCCAGGCUCGUGACCUCAAGAGGCACCAGAGGGUCCACACAGGGGAGAAACCCUUCAGCUGCCCCCAGUGUGAAAAGAGGUUCUCCCGCCAGGACAAUCUGAAGAUACACCUGAAGGUCCACACAGGAGAGAGGCAGUUUGCUUGUACGCAAUGCGGGAAGAAGUUCACAGAGAGGAGCUACCUCAGGAUACACCAGCAGAAAAACCAUCCCAAUCUAUUAACAUAGAAAGUAAUCAUUCCACUAGAUAGCUUCUGAAGUUCAGAUCAAAACCUGCAUUAAAGGGUAGGUAGCAUAAACAUAACUGAAUGUAACAUGGAUUUGCAUUAGUAUACACAUCAAAAGUCCCAAUGCAAAGUUACCUCACUUUUCAAUUUUUCGAGUUAUUACAUAAAACCCAUAAAAAUGCCGAAGUCAUCCUGGAAGAUGUUUUCGCGGGGUGUGACGUAAGAUGGAAGCCCCAGGAAAGCCAGCCUAUUCCCCAUAAAUGUAAACUCCAACAGAAAUAUCUUUAUAUUAAACAAUAUUGUUUACACUCAUUA